CACCAAGAAGCAAGCUGUCCUGUUCCACCGUUAUGACUUAGCAGUCUUCUCGUGUCCUGGUACUUUCGCACUGGAAAAGCCGCAAAUGUGGCAGAAUGGAGGAGAUUCUUUCAACAAAGCCAGGGCCUUCUGGUCAAUCUGGUCAGAUUCCACGUCCAAUCCAAGCAAACGCACGUAGAAAAUUUCUGUGCGGUGAGUUUUUGUGACUUUCAUUUUUAAAAGCUUGUUGUAUUCACUGUGGUCAAUAAGUAACUGAGAUUUACCCGUGGGGAAUUCGUUCAAGGCUUCAUAUUUUAAAGGACGGAACGCAUAUGCCAAAACUCAAAACACAUUUCUCGAAUCUGAUCCUUGGUUUCUUGAGUUGCGCCUGUUAUGGCCGCCUGUGAGUUUGUCUCUACUCUGUGUUAGAACCAAGAUUUUUGUAAAGUAAACCCAUAAUUUUGUCUAUAUCUUGUUACCAUCAUCUGAUUGCAGAACAUAGGGGUCCAGGAGAAUCGGUGCAACUGCAAACGGGAGAGAAUUAAAUGUUAGUCAAACUAAUCACUGUAUGGCCACUCAUAGUGCACUCUUUAACAAGAUUUGUCUGUAGAGUGUGGAUGUAUUAACUGUUUGAGAUUCGUUCAAAUUAGGAGUCGACAACAUUUAUAAAGCAUUAAACGUUAUUCGUUUCAGCCUAUAAUGGUUCGCCAACUGCUUUUAUUUCAGUCUUCAAACACUGUUUUUCAAUCCAACUAUGCUGUAUUUGUUUCCAUUCUUUUUCCUUUUAUAACUCUCACCAAGAUUUACCAGGAGAUCGACACAUUUGCUCUGAUCAAAUAUCUCGUUUGUAAGUUAAUUGGUUACACACUAGCGUCAUACUUCUGUAUGAGCCAUAGGAUGAAACAUGAUUUAAAACAGGAACGGCACAACUCAUGCAACUUUUAUAAUCGAGACUAAACGUCUUUAUCCUACUUUGCAAGGAAUAAAUUAGCCUACGUUGAAAGUAAAUUAACAGCGGAAACCUGGUGAUUAUUAAUUCAACAAUGGGAUCAUGUUGUCUUUCUUGCAAUUCUGGAUUAUUUUUCCAGAGGCUUCAGGAAAUUGCAGCAGAAGGCAAAUCCUCUCAAUUUAAAGCAAUUUAAAGUUUCCAAUGUCUAUGGUUAGGAUCCAACUGCAAACCUAGAAGAUAUUGAAUUAUCCAAGCUGAAAUCUGAACAGAUGUGGAUAUCCAACCAGACCGCCUAGCCAGAACUGAUCCUCUAAGUAUAUACACAAUUAGCAUUGCUAUGUCCCAUAAUAAUCUACUUCUCCUGGAGAGCAAUGGCCGAAGGCAAGAGACAUUUCAGUAGGGUUUUUAACAAAACAUAUCAAAUAAUCAAGCAAGUUAAUCAGAUAUUUGUAGAAUUAGAAAAUAGCUAAAAUAUAUAUCACUACUGACUUUAAAUUGAACACUCCGGCCAAACACCAAACAGAAGAGAAAAACGUUUUACUCCAUCUCUCUCCCGACUUCCUACCUGAAAUCAAAUCUUUGAUUUCAAAUUUAGCUCCCAGCUGAGGUCUAUCCAAGGCAAAUUUCAACUCUUCCUGUUCUAGGUAUGUGCUUCUGCUGAAUGUGAGAAGCUUCUGGUCUGGUCCGUAAUUCAAAAUCCUGGCAAUUUUCAUUGGUUUAUAUAAAAUCCUGCUAGUGCGAGCGAAACGCCUUAUAGAUAAGAAACUUGCCGAGUAUGGACAUUCUUUUUCAGGUCUUUCCUCCUACGCUGUAGCUGUUUUACACUUCUGAAGAUGGCAAGUCUUUGGAAAGUGUUUUUCUUUUCAUUCUGUAGUGAAGCGUUUACGACCGAAGCACUAGCAGUCAUAAAUUUUGCGUAGCCCACAAUGACAGGUGCAUUGAUAUUCACUGUGAGGGCUCUAGUUUCUUGCUUACGAACUGCCCACCUUUAGAGAUUGUUUCGAAAUUGUCAGGCUACUCUUCUAAUAUUAAAGUGAAUAAUAAACAAAGAGAAAUGAAUUAUUUGUCUAGCAUUAAAAAGAUAGGAACUAUCUUUCCAUGGUCUGGCCUCGGAUAAAUAAAACAGGACAAAUGGCAUAGCAUUGUGAGCUAUUACAUGCGGUGGGGGUUGGGUGAGAGACAUAGCUAGUCAUAUAGCUAUGUGUGUCUGUAUUAUAGCAGCUUACCUUUUAUAACGCCGCUAUGUAGACGAGCUUAAAGUCUGUCACACUGGAAAACGGAAAUAUAAUUCACUAAUUUCAAUCCUUUUGUGGUGCAUGCGGCACCAGGACCCACUUUGUAACAUUAGUUUUCGUCAGUAAGUUUUGUCAUUGAUGUUGCUCAAAAGUAUUUAAUAAUCUGUUAUUUUCCGCUAUGUGUGCCGCGAUUUUGAAUGAUAUAUUCGGAAAUACCAAAGUCGGGAUGAUGGCCCAUAACAAGGUGUUACUUAUCAAAUCUUCAUAUUAGGUGAUGCACCCUUGCAUUUUAAAAACAUGUAAGGUAAGAAAGAUCUGAAAGAUGAACGGAGGAACAGUUGACCGUUGUCCAAAUGAUUUAUGACCCGUGGCUGCGAUUUAAGUUCAAGCAGAGUUCACAAGCAGCUGGUGUUUCUGAACCAGAUCUGCCGUUUCACCACAACCUUUUCACAAUGCAUUCAUAUUAAUGUUAGUUUUGAUAUUCUGAAGACAGCGCCUUCAAAUCCAUUGCAAACGAGAACGCAAGCUGAAGUGGCGGAGGUUCCGAUCCCACGGCAGUAAAUAAUACUGAGUUACUCUCUCUUAUCUCUUACACAUAAUACAGAUUAGAUGGGCAGAGGGGAUGGAGGUGAACAGAGAUGUAACUAAAAUUCAAAUAACUAAGCCAAGGACGGCAAUAUACUGUCAAUUUUAUUAAAAUUGUAUGCAUGGAUGGAAAUUCAACCCAGGAUAACUGAAGAAAACAAAAAUAUCACGAAACAAAACUCAAGUUGGAACAGAAAAGCAAAACAUUGACUUUUGUUUCUAAAAGAAACAGCUGAGAUGUGCACGUGUGCCUGACUGCAACUUUGGAGGCCGCAGAUCAUAAACCUCAUAUUUCAUUAGAAUGUCAAGUCUUGUAUGGCUGAAGGCUUUUUCUAAAUGAAUAGAAAAUCUAUUUGUGACGUGAUGUAGUAGCUAGAUAAGUCACACGUCCGAUGGCUGCGAUGGUUUCUCCAGCAAUAUGUGUUAUUUAAAUAAUGUUACAGCCUAGAUAUUAUUUUUAAAAACUGGCCGAUCAUUUUCUUGUAAAUUUCAAGUAUAUUUCACAGUGGGUUGUUUUAAUCCGCCUUUUGAUCGUUUAAUUCCAGACACAAAUAAUUUCCGACUUUAACACAUAUCUUAGGCAACCUAACUCGUACUACAAGACACCAUGCCACAAUCAAAACGUCUUAGCUUUUUUUUGCCGGACCCCUCACGUCACGCAGAUGUGGAUUUAUUAGGAAGUCUCGUUAUCAAAGUCUUCGGUCGAGAGAAUGCUUGAAGUAAAAUACAAUUUUUGUCAUAGAAAAUUCCCAAAUAAAUGAGGAAUAUUUAGGAAGUUAGUGUUAGGGUCUCAUAUAAAUCUAUACAGAAAUAAAUUUUAAAAAUUUGAACUUUUAAACAGUUUGUGUGAUAUCGUGCAUUUGAACAGCUGUUGCAACAGCGACAGGAGCUUGAUCUGCGUUGUUUCAAAACAAAUGUAAAAUUGUGAACGUUUAUUGACGUUAAGAAAAAUUUGAGGCUCACAAGGGCUAAACAUGCAUUCAUUUGCUGCUUCUCUGAUUCAGUUUAGGUUAGUGUGACCUUUUUUUAUAUCAUACAUUUUCCAAAAAGAUCAUCAUGUCCAGUAAUACGUGCUAUUUUGUUGCAGACUGGUGCAUAAACAAAAGCCGAUGUAAGCAGUAGGACGCAGAUGUAAAAUGCUGACUUGCUUAUUUCUCAGUUUUAAUUAGAACAAAAAGAUUGAAUAGGUACUAGUUAUACUUUAACUACUCUGCCCGCCCUCUGUCAUAAAACAGAACGAUAUAACAGAAAGCAGCAGAUUCGCUUCACACAAACCUCUUUUACGUUGAAGAAAAAGAAACCAACAAUGGCGAGGGAACACUUCGUUGGUUUUUCACCUUUUGGAACUGGUCCGAUCCAUCAUGUCCUGUGUAACACUGUCUAGAUCACAGAAUAAAACGGUCUGUACCCACAGCAAAUGCUGCAGGCAAAUAAACCGCCUGUGACUAUGGUAUUUUCGAUCCUUUUAUGAGGCGUCUUUUUGUUUCUCAUCAUUAUAAAAGUGGCCUCAAUCAGUGAAGCCAUCUGGAAUAGCACUGUGUGUCCCACCGAAGUCCACUUACAUCAAGAAUGACUGGGCCAUGUUAAGCACUUUUGGGCUUCCAGUGUGGUAGAAUAAUAAAACGGGAGUAUAAAGCUGAUUGUUACCUUUAUGUUGCGAAGUAUUUCAGAUGAUGGAGACAUGUUAUUUCACAUCCGGUAUACAAUUACUUAUUAUCAAACAUCAAAAUAGCAUAUUUAUAAAUGAAUAAUUCUGUCUAGUGGACAUUAAUCAAUUCGUAAUGUAUUAUGUAUUUAAAUAGAAGAAACACUCCAAUGAAGUGAAAUGUAAGAGCAAGAAUUAGAACUACAAAUGUUUUCUCCAAUUUGUUUUCAAUAAACACUUCAAGGACUGCAUAUACAAUUUGAAACUAAUUUCUCGGAAUUCAGUAAGAUAGCUCAUAAAAGUCUUCCAGAAGUUGUCAAAUAAUUUAUUCCGAACUUCAGCAUACUUAUUCAUGGUCCCGUAAGAUAAUUCAUAGAGUAGUAAAAGGAGGGGGAACUUAUUCUUCUAACAAUGUAUUAUGGGACUUUAUCGAUGGGAUGCACCGUUUAUGUUGUAUACUCUGAAUAGCAGUUCCAAACGUUUAAUACUAUUGUCUUUUGCCUCGUUACCCAAAGGACUGCUGCAGACUUGUGAAUGGUGGAAUAGUGUCACGUGAUCGAAAGUGUCAAUGCUCUUCGAUAAGGGUGUCAAGACCCUAUCAUUGCGAAAUAGCGAGAUGCAAAAAGCGACUUACUACGAUAACUCCGGAAUAUUCGGCGGUUACACCUACCAAAAGACUAACGCGUACAGCUACAGUUCUAGCCACCAGGCCUACCCGUCAUCAUCAGUUGAAAAUGAUUAUCAAACCUCGACGUGCCCCAUUCAGACAUCCAAUGUCAGAGUCCCAAAUCAUAAACCCAACGACAUGAAUGGCAAUUGUGUGAGAACCAGCGGCAGCCAGGGCACUGCCCAGCCCCCAAGCAUCAAUGAGCCACAGCAGCCACCUCCUUUACCACCCUCACCCAAUGCAAGCAACACCUCAACACAGAAAAGAACCAAGUCAAUGUCAAAUUCUUCCACCAGCCCAGCUGCAACUCUCACGAAGCAAAUCUUUCCAUGGAUGAAAGAAUCUCGUCAAAAUGCCAAGCAGAAAAACAACUGCACAGUUGCAGGUGACAACUGUGAGGAUAAAAGCCCACCAGGUCCAUCCUCCAAGAGAGUCCGUACUGCCUACACCAGCGCACAACUCGUGGAACUGGAAAAGGAAUUUCAUUUUAAUCGUUAUCUGUGCCGUCCUCGGCGAGUUGAAAUGGCAAACUUAUUAAACCUUACUGAACGCCAGAUUAAAAUCUGGUUUCAGAACAGAAGAAUGAAAUACAAAAAAGACCAAAAGUCCAAAGGGAUCAUGCAUUCGCCUGUUGGACAGUCUCCAGAGAGAAGUCCUCUUUUGAAUGCGCAAAAUAACAUUGGAUUCUCAAGCCAGCUCCCUACUGUCAACAGUCUGAGUUACGAAGCUCCUUCGCCCACAUCAUUUACCAAAUCCCAACAAAACAUGUAUGGUUUAGCUGCGUACACUGCACCGCACAGUAGCUGUCUACCCCAGCAAAAAAGGUACCCAGGCACAGAGUAUGAUCAUCACACUCUGCAGGGCAGUGGUAGUUUUACCAAUCAUAACUUGCAGGGCAGCCCUGUGUACGUUGGAGGGAACUUCGUUGAUUCAAUGCCAGCUUCUGGUCCCAUGUUCAACCUUAGUCAUCUUCCGCAUCCUUCAUCAGCUACUGUGGACUAUAGCUGCGCCGCUCAAAUACCGGGCAAUCACCAUCAUGGACCUUGUGAUCCCCAUCCUACAUAUACAGACCUGACUCCUCAUCACACAUCUCAGGGAAGAAUUCAAGAAGCGCCCAAACUAACACAUCUGUAAUGGGCUAGCACGUUUUGCCAAGUGAUGUCACUUCGCUUUUUUAUUACCUCAUUUGUAUCAAAUAUUCUCCUGCUACAAGACUGCCACAGUAUUCGUCCACCAUUCACUUUCUACCUGUUACAUUGCUUUCCUGUAUUCAUUCAAGGGUCUACGCGUCGACCAUGCCUUCCGUUAAGAUCCUAGCGUAAUGCAGAAUGCAAACAGGGGAAGAAUUGCUUGAAAUAGGUGCUUUUGAAGGUAAGACAUAAUGAAGAUACUCUUCAACAACCCUUCUUAAUGUGGAAUUUAAAAGACUGGUAAUUCUAACCUCCACUUUGGUGGAUUUUGACCGUAAUUGGUGUAACUACCCAAAACUUCAGCUCUGGACUUCUCAGUAAUGAACGAACUGAAUUGAACAUCAAUGAUAUGUAUUUAUUAUUUUAAGUCGAAAAGAAAAGAUUUUUCUAUUACUUAUUUAUCCUCGUCUUAAUGUAUUUAUGUGAGAUUUAUAGAUCUUAUACAAUCUGACUUUGACCUGUUUGAUCCAUGUCUGUUACAAUCAUAUUUCUCCCCUUUAGUAAACCUGGGUUGAAACUAGAUGAGAGGAUAGUUUUUUGAGCAGUUGUAUCAGUGGCUGGUGUUUUUAGAUUAUAUAAGGGUUAUCUCUGAAAGCAAAUUGUAAGUUACGAUUGUAGUAAAUCAGAAAAUAUGUGGCACUACACAAUAGACGACACAUUUCUAUAAGAAUACUUUAUUUCAAUUGUCUGGUACUAUUCCAAAAGAUAUUUAGAAUAAAAAUGUGUUCUUUGACUAAACCUGGAUCCUUUAUUUAUAAAUACGUAUGCACCAUUCCAGCUGUAUGCUUCGCCAUCUUGUCUCCUCACUUCUCAUUAAUCCAAGACAAGCUGACUCCAGCCAAUGACUAUGAUGUUCGGCAGAGCUGUAGUCUGGUUAAAUAUAUAUAUAUGCAAAACGAUAUAUUACAUUUUCCAAACAUAUGUUGAAAUAAUAUGAAAAACGUUUGCGACGCUUUUGUAUUGUGCUCACCAUUGUAUCAUAAGAUAUCAAAUGUAGAAUCAAGCGUACAAAAUAAUGAGAAGGAACAAAGCAGGAGGAAUUGUAGAAGUUAAAUCGAGAUGAAAUGUA